GGGGAGAUUACAGUAUCAGGGCCAUCACCUUCACCGUCCUCCGAGGGAAGAUGAAGGUCUGGCAGUGUGUGGUGUGGCUCUCUGCCCUCACAUUGGAGGUCGCUCGCUCUCAGUCUCCGGAUCGGGAAGGAUGGAUCAGAGAAGCUGUGGAUCUCUACAACCAGAGAGAAGAUGGAGAGUUCCUCUUCAAGCUCCUGUCUGAGCUCCCCGCCGCCCUCCUGGAGGAGGAGGGAGACUCUCCAGCUAUCGGUUUCUUGAUAAAGGAGACGGACUGCCCCAAAUCUGAGGAGAAUGACUUGGAGGGAUGCGACUACAAGAAGGACGGGGAGGUGAAGGUCUGCGCUCUCCAGCAGGAGGAGGAGGAUGUGAAAUGCGUCAGUCUGUCCGAGAAAUCGCGCAGCAAGCGAUCCAGCAAAAAGAAAAAGUGCAAAUUCUUCUGCAAAGUGAAAAAUAAGAUCAAAUCUAUCGGCUUCCAGAUCCCUAUCAGUAUCCCGUUUAAAUAAUAUGUCACCGCGCCAUGAGUGCAGGACGAGCUCCGCCCGCCAAUGCUCCCUCCCGUGUACACCGCGCCAUCAGUGCAGGACGAGCGCCGCCCGCCAACGCUCUCCCCGUGUACACCGCGCUAAACCUCCGCUUCAUCGGAAAUGUUCUCUAUUAUGGAUACAUUGUAUACUGUGUGUGUGGAUUUGUAUCGGAUGAUCUGCAGGUGACGCUUUUUAUUUUCUUCCAACAUUUCCGCAAAUGAACCCAAAUAAAAUUAUAUUCCUGAAAUCUG